CACGCCCUGACACCGCAAUCAUUCUCAUUUCUCUCCCUUCACAACCCUCUCCUCCCUACUUUUUUCCCCCACACUGAACCCAAAGGAAACGGUGAAAUUCAAUCUGGGUUUCACAAAUUAUGGCUGGAAGAAGAAGAAAAAAGAUGAAGUUGUUGUCUGAAGCAAUCGGAGACAACAGAGGAGUUUCGAAAGUACAGCAAGACGAGAAACUAACACAAUCGCAGCUCCCAACAGAGCUUUUGGAAGGUAUUCUCUCUCAGUUAAGCUUGAGGGACAAUAUCCGGGCUUCUGCUGUUUGCAGAGAAUGGUUAGCUGUUGCUGUAUCUGUUAGAAUGGCUAAUAAGCCUCCAUGGCUUAUGUUCUUCCCGAAAUUCGGUGACCUGUAUGAAUUCUAUGACCCUUCUCAGCGCAAAACGUAUUGGCUUGAGUUGCCGGAGCUAGAUGGCUCUAGGAUUUGCUAUGCCAAGGAUGGUUGGUUGCUGCUAUACAAUCCUAGAACGCUGUCUGUAUUCUUCUGUUGCCCUUACACGAGGGAGUUGAUCAAUUUGCCUAGUCUAGAAUUGAUGUACCAGAUAGUUGCUUUCUCCGCUGCUCCAACAUCUCCUAGCUGCAUCCUUUUCACAGUUAAGCAUGUGAGCCCCACAGUUGUUGCAGUUAGCACGUGUCGUCCAGGGGAAACCGAAUGGACCACUGUGAACUACCAAAACCGUCUACCGUUUGUUAGCAGCAUUUGGAAUAAGCUAGUUUACUGCCAGGGUCUUUUCUACUGCUUGAGUCUCACCGGCUGGCUGGGGGUUUAUGAUCCCGAAAAAAGCACUUGGGCCGUUCAUUCUGUACCACCGCCUAAAUGCCCAGAGAAUUUCUUUGUGAAAAAUUGGUGGAAAGGAAAAUUUAUGGCAGAGCAUAAUGGAGAUAUUUUUGUGAUUUACACUUGCUCUGCAAUAAACCCUGUGAUUUAUAAGUUGGACCAGACAAAUAAAGUAUGGGUGGAGAUGCAAACUUUGGGAGGCAUGGCACUCUUUGCUAACUUUCUGUCUUCCCAUGCUAGGACAAAUCUUCUUGGGACAAUGAGAAACAAUGUCUACUUCUCAAAGGUUCGAUUUUAUGGGAAACGCUGUGUUUCAUAUUCACUCGACAAUGGGAGGUACUAUCCGCGGAAGCAGCGUUACGAUUGGGGGGAACAGGAUCCCUUUGAGAGUGUUUGGAUCGAACCACCUGAAGACCUCACAACAUUUCUUUAAAGGUAGCCAUUAGAGUGACCAAAGUAAGUUCACUUGUUUGCUAUCUAAAUGUUUGAAUAGUUAUCCCUCACGAACCUCGCGUCUAUCUUAAUAUCCUUUAAUUUCAUUCCAUAAUGUAGUAACUAUAUGUAGACUAUAGCUUGACUUUUGGAACAAUGCUGUAAUACAUGAUUGUGACAUCAGAGAAUCACUCAUCGUUUUCUUCA